AUGCUGUGGACCGCGAGUCUCUGCGUCCUCUGCGCCCUCUGCGCCUCAUCGGUCCUCGGCGCGCCGGUAAACAACGAGAGACAGAAGGUGCUGCUGAUCUCAUUCGAUGGUUUCCGGUGGGAUUACGACCGCGACGUGGACACGCCGAACCUCGACCGAAUGGCCGAGGACGGCGUCAAAGCCCAGUAUGUCACCCCUCCGUACCUCACCCUCACCAGUCCGACACACUUCACCCUCUUGACAGGCCGCUACAUCGAGAAUCACGGGGUAAUCCACAACAUGUUUUUCAACACAACCACCGGAGAGAAGAAGUCUUACUAUCAGACUCAGUUUGUGAAUCAGUGGUGGGACAAUGGCACUCUGCCUAUCUGGAUCACAGCACAGAGACAGGGCCUAAAAGCUGGCUCUCUUCACUUUCCUGGCACAGCUUCCCGUUACCAGGGACAGGUUGCUAUGCUGCGGGAAGUGGAGCCGCAGCUUUACAACUACAAGAACGAGACCGCUUGGCGAGAAAACACAGAUAAAGUGAUGAGCUGGUUCAGAGACCGGAACAUGGACUUUGUUUCCUUCUACUUUGGCGAGCCUGACGGCACAGGCCACAGAUACGGUCCGGACUCGAAUGAACGUAGAGAGAUGGUGAAACAAGUGGACCGAACGGUGGGCUAUAUUCGGCAAUCAGCCGAGCGACACGGGCUGACUCACCGCCUCAACAUCAUCAUCACGGCAGACCACGGCAUGACCACCGUGUAUCGUAAUGGUCUGGUGGAGGAAAUCACCCUGUCAAAGAUCCCAGGCUUUUCAUUCGGGGACCUGUCCUUCCACUUGGUGGACUACGGACCUUCCGGGAUGCUGUUGCCCAAGCCAGGCAGGCUGGAGGCGGUUUACAAUGCCUUGAAAGGGGCUCAUCCACAUCUCCACGUGUACAAGAAGGAGGACAUGCCAGAGCACCUUCGCUUUACUAAAAACGAUCGCAUCCUCCCCAUCAUUUUAUGGGCCGACCCUGGAUACGUAAUCAACGGGUAUUUCCCAGUUCAAUUCAACAAGGGAGAGCAUGGCUAUGACAACCAAGCGAUGGACAUGAAGCCUUUCUUCAGGGCAGUGGGUCCAGCGUUUCACAAAAACCUAAAGGUGGGGCCCUUUGAGACGGUGAACAUCUACCCCUUGAUGUGUCACAUCCUGGGCAUCGAGCCGGAGGUCAAUGACGGCCAUCUCGACGCCACCAAACACAUGCUGGUCACUAGCACUGCUGCUCGAGCCCAAGACCCAAUGGUUGCUGAUGAAUACUAA